GUGUGUGUGUGUGGUGCACGCUCACAUGGUUCAGAACACGAGGCAAAUUUCUCUCCCGUGCUCCCCUGUCUCCUCACCCUUGCUUCCUCGCAGCCUUGCCAUGUCCCCCGUCUACGUGGUCUGAACGUCAAGCAUGGAUAUCGGGGGGCUGACCACCGUAGUAGCAAAUUCCGCCUACAUCAACGCCCGCGGGAGCAUUGACGGAUCCAAUCCAGCGGCGGCCCGGGACAAGAAAUACCACUCCCGGCUAAAGCUGCCUCACAUCACCGUGUGCGAGGACCUGAGGGACACUUUGGAUUUGGGCUUUGACGCCGUGUGUGUGGAGCAGCCCAUCGGCAAACGUCUCUUCAGGGAGUUCCUGGAUGCCCACAAAGAGUAUCACGGCGCCUGUCGUCUGUGGAGAGACAUUGAGGACUAUGACCUGGCGGAGGACUCGGACCGAGCCAAGAAGGCCUCCAAGAUAGUACAACGCUACAUGGACCCCUCGGCCAAACACUUCUGCCUGUUCCUGUCUGAGGACACAACAGCUAAGGUGAAGGAGGCCCAGGAGGCCGUAGCGGAUGACUUGUUCACGCCGGCUUUGGCCACAACGCUGGACUAUUUGCGAGAGGCGCCCUAUGCCUUCUUCCUGGAGAGCAUGUACUUGAAGAGGUUCCUUCAGUGGAAGUGGCUGGAGAUGCAGCCCAUGGAUGUAGACUGGUUCCUGGACUUUCGCGUGCUCGGGAAAGGAGGCUUCGGUGAGGUGUCGGCGUGUCAGAUGAAAGCCACGGGAAAACUGUACGCCUGCAAGAAACUCAACAAGAAGAGGCUGAAGAAAAGGAAAGGCUUUGAAGGGGCGAUGGUGGAGAAGAGGAUUCUGGAGAAGGUCCACAGCCGCUUCAUUGUGUCGCUGGCGUACGCUUUCCAGACAAAGGAGGAGCUUUGUCUGGUCAUGACCAUCAUGAACGGAGGAGAUCUCAAGUACCACAUCUACCUGGUGGAUGAGAACAACCCAGGCUUCGACGAGCCCAGAGCUUGCUUCUACUCCGCACAGAUCAUCCAAGGCUUGGAGCAUCUUCACCAGAAGAGAAUCAUCUACAGAGAUCUCAAACCUGAGAACGUGCUCCUCGAUAAUGACGGGAACGUACGCAUAUCCGACCUGGGACUCGCUGUUGAGUUAAAAGAGGGCAAAACGAUGACUAAAGGCUACGCCGGAACACCAGGUUAUAUGCCUCCAGAGAUGCUGAAAGGAGAGAAGUACGACAUGUCAGUGGACUACUACACUCUGGGAGUGACGUUGUUCGAGUUCAUAGCGGCCAAGAACCCAUUCCGAAACAGAGGGGAGAAGCUGGAGCGCGAGGAGAUGAAAGAGCGCGUGCUGACCCGCGAGGUGGUGUACACGGAGAACUUCAGCGACAAGGCGAAGUCCCUCUGCAAUGGGCUGCUGGAUAAAGACACGAAUAAGAGGAUGGGCUUCAAGAACGGGAGCUGCGACGAGAUCAGGGCGCAUCCCUUCUUUAGUGACAUCAACUGGAGGAAGCUGAACGCAGGCAUUGUGCCUCCUCCAUUUGUACCCGACCCCAAAGUGGUGUACGCUAAAAGUCUGGACGACGUGGGCGCCUUUUCCUCGGUCAAAGGAGUCACCCUGGAGGACCCGGACAAGAGCUUUUUCGACGAGUUCUCCUCGGGCAACAUCCCCAUCCCUUGGCAGGAGGAGAUGAUCGAGAUGGGAGUUUACGGAGAGCUGAACUUGUGGGGCCCUGAAGGCACUGUCCCUAAUGACCUACGCAGGGAGUCCAUACUGGAGCAGCCCAAGUCGUCUACGUGCUGCGUAUCCUAGUGACCGCAUCCUUUGGACUUUUCUAUGUGGGACCACAGGAGCAACAUGGAGGCGUCUCCAAUCGUUACCCAUUCCUCUUUCUUCUACGUGUUUGUCUCUCUCUCUGUGCUCAACUGCUGUCAAACGUUUAGAUGUCUUCCUCUGUACUCAGUGGAGUGCUGAUGAUGAACUAUAAGGCUGUUAGGUUGGGUUAAAAUUCACUCUGCUAGUACGCAUUGUUUGAUCAGGUGUAAACACCAUCGUCCCAACCCUGCUGUGCGCCGAGCAAGCCAACUCUGGUGCGGUUUGGUGAAUAAGAACACAACAUGGGCCAGCAUUAAAGCAAAAAGUAUUUAGAAAUGAAAUAUGAAAGAAAAUGUGAUGGAAGUUCUGUCUCUCUGCUCUACUCUCUCCCUCUGUGUGUGUGUGUGUGUGUGUGCAGCAGAAGACAUUCUGGUUUGGAAUAUCGGACUUAAGUCACAUAUUAUAUCACGAAAGCUCUUUAAAAGUAUAUUUUACAAGCUUUUGGUGAAUCUAAGCUGGUAAAUAUAUCGGGAUAUAAAAAUUAAACUACGCAUUUAACCCAGCAGAUGACAUUUUGGUUUGGAAUAUUUGAGUUAUGUCAUGUAAUAUGUCACAAAAGCGCUUUAAAAGUACAUUUUAGUCGCUUUUGGUGAAAUCUAAACUGUAAAUGAUCAGAAUAUAAAAAUAAACUAUGUAUUCAACCCAGCAGGUGGCAUUUUUUGUUUGGAAUAUUUAAGUUAAGUCACAUAAUAUACUCCAAAAGUGUUUUAAAAGUAUAUUUUAGUAGCUUUCGGAGAAAUCUAAAUUGGUUAAUAUAGCAGAAUAUAAAAAUAAAGUACAAAUUCAAGCCAGCACAUGACAUUUUGGUUUGGAAUAUUUGAGUUAAGCCACGUAUUGUGUCAUGAAAGCUCUUUAAAAGCAUAUUUUAGAAGCUUUUGGUGAAAUAUAAGCUGGUAAAUAUAUAGCAAAAUAUAAAAAACUACGUAUUCAACCCAGUUAAUGACAUUUUGAUUUGGAAUAUUUGAGUUAUGUCACGUAACAUGUCACAAAAGUUCUUUUAAAAGUUUAUUUUAGUAGCUUUUGGAGAAAUCUAAAUCGGUUAAUAUAGCAGAAUAUAAAAAUAAACUACGUAUUGAACCCGGCACAUGACAUUUUGGUUUGGCGUAUUUGAAGUAUGUCAUGUAACUUGUCACGAAAGCUCCUUAAAAGUAUAUUUUAGUAGCUUUUGGUGAAAUAAAAACCUGUUAAUAUCGCAGAAUAUAAAAAUAACCUACGUAUUCAACCCAACAGGUGGCAUUUUGGUUUAGAAUAUUUGCAUGAUGUCAGGAAAGCUGCCCGAUCAAGUCAUUGCUUUAUUCAUGUUCUUUACUGUGCAGUCUGUGAUCCCAUGACAAAAAUACCAGCGUGAGUGCUAAGUGAACCAGAGUACAGAACCACAGGUGUGCAUGCUGGAUUCAUGUGAGACAAGUGUUAAUGUAGACUAAAUCUUACAUGUAAAUUGCAUGAAAAGGUACAUUCAAAUAAAAUAACUUUGGUGUGUUU